CUAAGUUGUUUGUUGUGAACAAGAUGAAGAACACUUUUGCUCUUUGUUCUUAUUUACUCCUCCUUGUUACCCUUUUGGGUCUAGUAUUCUCAAAUUGCAAAGCCAACCAAGUUGACAACCUUGAUGAGUUGAUUAAUUCAAGAAGCUCAGAGAAUGCUCCUAAGACUCUUUCAUGGACAAAAGAAGAUGCAUACAUACCAAAAUAUUAUCAUACUUCUUCUAUUGGUCCAUCUCCAUCACAAGAGGAGCAAAAGUUGGCUGAUAAAAUAACUUCAUUGCCAGGUCAACCAUAUUAUGGGUCAAAUUUUGACCAAUAUGCAGGGUAUGUUACUGUUGAUCCAAAUGUUGGGAGAGAUCUUUUCUAUUAUUUUGUGGAGUCUCCAGCUAAUUCCUCUCAGUACAACCCUUUGGUUUUGUGGCUCAAUGGAGGACCUGGUUGCUCCUCACUGGGUUACGGUGCAUUUGAGGAGUUGGGACCCUUCAGAGUCAACCCUGAUGGUCAAACCCUAUACCGCAACCAAUUUUCCUGGAACGAAGUGGCUAAUGUUCUGUUCUUGGAAUCCCCUGCUGGAGUGGGAUUCUCGUACGCACAAAAUGACUCACAAACAUUUUUCCCUACUUCCGGUGACAAGGCUGCUGCAAAAGAUGCCUACGUAUUCCUGGUUAACUGGCUAGACCGGUUUCCAGAGUACAAAGACCGUGAAAUUUACAUCACUGGCGAGAGCUAUGCCGGUCACUAUGUACCUCAGCUUGCAUAUACUAUUGUUGUCAACAAUCUUUUCAGACAAAUUGCCAACCAAUCUGUUAUCAACCUUCAAGGCAUUGCUAUUGGGAACCCAUGGGUUGAUGAUUUGACUGGUGUAAAGGGGUUAUUUGAUUACCUCUGGACUCAUGCUUUGAACUCAGACCAAACUCAUGAGCUCAUUGAGACAUACUGUGACUUCAAACCCCAUCAACCCAUUUCCUCUAUUUGUAUCAAUGCAACAAGAAAUGCCUUCGCUGAGAAAGGACCCAUUGACUCCUAUAAUAUAUACGCACCACUCUGUCACGACACCUCUCUCAAACCUUCUCAAACUGGCUCUGUAUACAAUUUCGACCCAUGCUCUGAUGUGUACGUGCAAGCCUAUCUAAAUAGGCCAGAGGUCCAAGAAGCUCUUCAUGCAAAACCCACACAAUGGAGCCACUGCAGUUUUUUUCAGUGGAAGGACAGCCCAGUUACAGUCCUACCCCUCAUCAAGAAGCUCAUCGACCACAAUAUUAAUGUCUGGAUAUACAGUGGUGAUGUAGAUUCAAGAGUGUCAGUCACAGCUACCAGAUAUGCAAUCAACGUCCUCAAGCUCCCUAUUGUGACCCCUUGGUAUCCAUGGUAUUCUGAAAACGAGAUUGGAGGAUAUGCGGUGCAAUACAAAGGAUUGGUAUUUGCGACAGUGAGAGGAGCAGGGCAUAUGGUUCCAAGCUGGCAGCCAGAACGGGCUUUCAACUUGAUCUUAGCAUUCCUCAGUGGAUAUCCCUCCCCUCCUGGUUCACCAAAAUGAUCACUCUACUUCAGAAUUAAACACUUCUUGCUUCUCAUAUUGAGUGAAAUAAAGGGUUAAAGAUAACCUGUUGGAUUUUAUUCUUUGUAACUUUCAUUAUUAGCUGACUCAUCAUAUGCCGUAUGACGUACUUUGUUAUGUAUAUGGCAUUAAAAGAUCUUUCACUUUGUAUCUUGAAUUUUGAAAUAAAGUUUCAUGUAUUCCUCUCUUUUGCUUUGG